AUGAGUUUUUGGGACAACUCGUCAUGAAACAUUAAAAUGGUUAUAAUAUAAAAAAGUAUUAAUCAUAACAAAGAUGACAGUACAGUUUGGCCUAGCAGACGGACCAAUUUCCUCUUCAGAUUCAACUUUCUGGUCUGUCAAUAAAUUGGGAGGCUUUCCUGAUUGGCUUCUGGAGGACUGCACUGUUCCUGUAUGUGAUGGUUGUCAUGGUAACAUGCACCAUGUGUUACAGAUUUACUGCCCUUUGAAGAACUCUCCAUAUCACCGAGUGCUGUACAUCUUCACCUGUAUUAACAGACCGUGCUGGAGCACACCUCACAGUUGGAAGGUGAUGAGAUGUCAGUUGAUGGAUGCUGACAGUGUUAACAGUGAUGGUGUUGCCAGACAGACAGAAAACAAGAUGGCUGACAGUGGAGGUGCUUCUGGAGAUUGUGGUGGAGGGUCUCAGGGUGGGGAAGUACAGUGGUGUGAUGAUGCCGAUGACUGGGGGGAUGAGGAUACAGACGAUGUGAUGGGGGAACAAGGUAAUCAAACAGAUACGUCCAACAACUUAACAAAAAAUACAGUCUCUGAUACAUCAGCAACAGAAACACAGGACAUUACUAAAAAUCACAACAUUUCAAAACCACAGGAUAUUACUAAAAAUCAGAACAUUUCAAAACCACAGGAUCUUACUGAAAAUCAGAACAUGUCUGAAACACAGGACAUUACAGAAACACAGGACAUUGUCAUCGAUCAAUGUGUACAGAAUUACGACAUGGCUGAAAUCGACAGUUGUAAUUUUAAUGAGAUGAAUAUUCAUGACCCUGAAGAGUCUCCGACAGACAACACACAUGGUAACAUUGUCACCUCGGAGGGUUUUCCGGCCAGUGAAGAAAGUGUUAAUAAUAUGCUUGGGAUUCUUGCCACCAGCUCAGACCCUCUACCUUCACCCUUGUCAGGCAGCAAACAGUCCGAUUAUUUACUGCCGUAUUUCCUGAGUGUCAUCGAUGAACCGACCAAUGAGGAGGUACGUGUGGAUACCCAUGUGACCAAGUUGCUCAAAGCGUACAUACAGAAAACAGGUGAAGAUGUCGAUUUUAUUGCAGACGAGCAAACCUUAGAUAAAAAAUCAAGACGUGGUGGUGGAAGUGGAUCGUGGAAUGAGCGGUACGAGAAGACGGAGGUGAAACAUGGUGAUAGAUGUUUCCAUCGGUUCCUCAAACAGCUCAGUCUGUGUCCACACCAGCUUGUGCGGUAUGAUCUGCAUGGAUCGCCCCUCCUGGUUAGGGAAGCUGCUCCUGGGUUUGACCUGCCACGUUGCGUGACCUGUGGAGGACCGAUGACCUUUGAACUGCAGCUCGUUCCUCCGUUGAUUUCACUGCUCAGAUUGCCCCAUACUGCUGAUGCGGUUACCGAAUUUGGCACUGUGUUGGUGUACACCUGUGAGAAGAGCUGCUGGUCAGAUGAGGUCAAGGUCAGACAGGAGGUUGCUUUCGUACAGCCCGAUCCAGAUCAACAUCUAUUUAAACUAGGAUUGUGAUUAUGCUGUUCACUGUUACAUUACAUUUAAAGAGGAGGAUGUAGUCGUGAAGUCUGGUCCUGCUCUGUUAAACCUGAUUGUGAUUGCGGUGUUCACUGUUACAUUACAUUUAAAGAGGAGGAUGUAGUCGUGAAGUCUGGUCCUGCUCUGUUAAACCUGAUUGUGAUUGCGGUGUUCACUGUUACAUUACAUUUAAAGAGAAGGAUGUAAUUGUGAAGCCUGGUCCUGCUCUGUUAAAACUGACUGAUUGCGGUGUUCACUGUUACAUUACAUUUAAAGAGGAGGAUGUAGUCGUGAAGUCUGGUCCUGCUCUGUUAAACCUGAUUGUGAUUGCGGUGUUCACUGUUACAUUACAUUUAAAGAGAAGGAUGUAAUUGUGAAGCCUGGUCCUGCUCUGUUAAAACUGACUGAUUGCGGUGUUCACUGUUACAUUACAUUUAAAGAGGAGGAUGUAAUUGUGAAGCCUGGUCCUGCUCUGUUAAACCUGUGAUUUCGCUGUUCACUGUUACAUUGCAUUUAAAGAGGAGGAUGUAGUUAUGAAGCCUGGUCCUGCUCUGUUAAAACUGACUGAUUGCGGUGUUCACUUUACAUUACAUUUAAAGAGGAGGAUGUAGUCGUGGAGCCUGGUCCUGCUCUGUUAAACCUGAUUGUGAUUGCGGUGUUCACUGUUACAUUACAUUUAAAGAGAAGGAUGUAAUUGUGAAGCCUGGUCCUGCUCUGUUAAAACUGACUGAUUGCGGUGUUCACUGUUACAUUACAUUUAAAGAGGAGGAUGUAAUUGUGAAGCCUGGUCCUGCUCUGUUAAAACUGACUGUGAUUGUGGUGUUCGCUGUUACAGUACAUUUAAAGAGGAGGAUGUAAUUGUGAAGCCUGGUCCUGCUUUGUUAAAACUGACUGUGAUUGUGGUGUUCACUGUUACAUUACAUUUAAAGAGGAGGAUGUAAUUGUGUAAUUGUGAAGCCUGGUCCUGCUCUGUUAAAACUGACUGUGAUUGUGAUGUUCACUGUUACAUUGCAUUUAAACAGGAGGAUGUAGUUGUGAAGCCUGGUCCUGCUUUGUUAAAACUGACUGUGAUUUCGCUGUUCACUGUUACAUUACAUUUAAACAGGAGGAUGUAGUUGUGAAGCCUGGUCCUGCUUUGUUAAAACUGACUGAUUGCGGUGUUCACUGUUACAUUACAUUUAAAGAGGAGGAUGUAGUUGUGAAGCCUGGUCCUGCUCUGUUAAACCUGUGAUUUCGGUGUUCACUGUUACAUUACAUUUAAAGAGGAGGAUGUAGUCGUGGAGCCUGGUCCUGCUUUGUUAAAACUGACUGUGAUUGUGGUGUUCACUGUUACAUUACAUUUAAAGAGGAGGAUGUAGUCGUGGAGCCUGGUCCUGCUUUGUUAAAACUGACUGUGAUUGUGGUGUUCACUGUUACAUUACAUUUAAAGAGGAGGAUGUAAUUGUGUAAUUGUGAAGCCUGGUCCUGCUCUGUUAAAACUGACUGUGAUUGUGGUGUUCACUGUUACAUUACAUUUAAAGAGGAGGAUGUAGUUGUGAAGCCUGGUCCUGCUCUGUUAAACCUGUGAUUUCGGUGUUCACUGUUACAUUACAUUUAAAGAGGAGGAUGUAGUCGUGGAGCCUGGUCCUGCUUUGUUAAAACUGACUGUGAUUGUGGUGUUCACUGUUACAUUACAUUUAAAGAGGAGGAUGUAAUUGUGAAGCCUGGUCCUGCUUUGUUAAAACUGACUGAUUGCGGUGUUCACUGUUACAUUACAUUUAAAGAGGAGGAUGUAGUUGUGAAGCCUGGUCCUGCUCUGUUAAACCUGUGAUUUCGGUGUUCACUGUUACAUUACAUUUAAAGAGGAGGAUGUAGUCGUGGAGCCUGGUCCUGCUUUGUUAAAACUGACUGUGAUUGUGGUGUUCACUGUUACAUUACAUUUAAAGAGGAGGAUGUAGUCGUGGAGCCUGGUCCUGCUUUGUUAAAACUGACUGUGAUUGUGGUGUUCACUGUUACAUUACAUUUAAAGAGGAGGAUGUAAUUGUGUAAUUGUGAAGCCUGGUCCUGCUCUGUUAAAACUGACUGUGAUUGUGGUGUUCACUGUUACAUUACAUUUAAAGAGGAGGAUGUAGUUGUGAAGCCUGGUCCUGCUCUGUUAAACCUGUGAUUUCGGUGUUCACUGUUACAUUACAUUUAAAGAGGAGGAUGUAGUCGUGGAGCCUGGGCCUGCUUUGUUAAAACUGACUGUGAUUGUGGUGUUCACUGUUACAUUACAUUUAAAGAGGAGGAUGUAGUCGUGGAGCCUGGUCCUGCUUUGUUAAAACUGACUGUGAUUGUGGUGUUCACUGUUACAUUACAUUUAAAGAGGAGGAUGUAAUUGUGUAAUUGUGAAGCCUGGUCCUGCUCUGUUAAAACUGACUGUGAUUGUGGUGUUCACUGUUACAUUGCAUUUAAACAGGAGGAUGUAGUUGUGAAGCCUGGUCCUGCUUUGUUAAAACUGACUGUGAUUUCGCUGUUCACUGUUACAUUACAUUUAAACAGGAGGAUGUAGUUGUGAAGCCUGGUCCUGCUUUGUUAAAACUGACUGAUUGCGGUGUUCACUGUUACAGUACAUUUAAAGAGGAGGAUGUAGUCGUGGAGCCUGGUCCUGCUUUGUUAAAACUGACUGUGAUUGUGGUGUUCACUGUUACAUUACAUUUAAAGAGGAGGAUGUAGUCGUGGAGCCUGGUCCUGCUUUGUUAAAACUGACUGUGAUUGUGGUGUUCACUGUUACAUUACAUUUAAAGAGGAGGAUGUAAUUGUGUAAUUGUGAAGCCUGGUCCUGCUCUGUUAAAACUGACUGUGAUUGUGGUGUUCACUGUUACAUUACAUUUAAAGAGGAGGAUGUAGUUGUGAAGCCUGGUCCUGCUCUGUUAAACCUGUGAUUUCGGUGUUCACUGUUACAUUACAUUUAAAGAGGAGGAUGUAGUCGUGGAGCCUGGUCCUGCUUUGUUAAAACUGACUGUGAUUGUGGUGUUCACUGUUACAUUACAUUUAAAGAGGAGGAUGUAGUCGUGGAGCCUGGUCCUGCUUUGUUAAAACUGACUGUGAUUGUGGUGUUCACUGUUACAUUACAUUUAAAGAGGAGGAUGUAAUUGUGUAAUUGUGAAGCCUGGUCCUGCUCUGUUAAAACUGACUGUGAUUGUGGUGUUCACUGUUACAUUACAUUUAAACAGGAGGAUGUAGUUGUGAAGCCUGGUCCUGCUGUUAAACCUGACUGUGAUUGCGGUGUUCACUGUUGCCUUUUGCACUUCAAAUGAAGGUUCAUGUAUGCCUGUUUGACACCAGAAACUGUACUAUUUUCCAACCAAGCAAGGCCUCUUAUGCCCAUCUUGAUGAAAAGAUAAAUCUAAAGUAAUUUUACCAGAAACAUA